AUGCCGGGUCAAAUCAAUCCCAGGCCACUCGAAGACCGUCUCGUCGCACUCUUACUCGUCUUCCAAGAAGAUCCCACUGACGGUCACGACCACGACGAGUGCGAAGAAGGCGACUGUGACGGGCGCACAUCUCAAGCUGUCGAAAUUCUAGCUCAAAACCUAGCAUUCCUCAUCCGCAACAAAGACGACGCUUACGGCCGGGCCAUCCAUCCAGAGGACAUCUUCGUUACCAUGUUGAGCUGGGAUAGAUAUCUCAAGGGCAUGGACGACGGAACGUUGGCAGUUCUAGUGCGCACGGCCAAGACGACGAAGGUACUUCAAGUGCGUGUGGAACCGAAGGAGAAGGUGUUGGAGAAAUGGUCAAGGAGGUGGACAAGAUGCUUCUCAAGGCCAUGUUGCUUGUUUAAAGGGAGCAUCUGGGCACGCAGCUCAUACCAUAGUCUGGACCCUACGAUCUGUGAUAUAGCCUGA